GGUCAGAGCCUAGGAAAGCAGGGCUGGAGUGUGCUACGGAGACGGCCAGUGGGAGAGGAGGGGAGGGGUGGCCCACAGCUGCCUGACUGCCCUGCUCUCCCCAGGGGAGGCCUGAACCGGCCAGGCCUGGGUGCCGGGGCCCCCCUGCCCGGGGCUUGGCCUCCCUGCCGGGCAGAGCCGCCUCCCAGCCUGCCCCUGGGGAGGGGCCACCUGGUGUCAAUUAAACCCCAGCCACUCGGCCGCACCACGCCAGGCGGCUGAUUAGUGCCGCGGCCUCUCCAGAUGGGGAGCACUGCCUGAGAGGGGGCGGCUGCCACCACGCGAGGGUGAGGCCUCUGCGGAGCAGGCACGGGUCUGACGGGCUGGCGGCGCCUGGAGAAUAGUGUGCCGAAGCUUGCGUCACCUCUAGACACAUCUAGACACAUCCACCAGACACAUCUCCUCCCCAGUCUGCCUGACCUGUUGCUUGGGGACACGUCCCACGGCUGGUCCUGACGUCCGCCUGAUCAACCAUCGCUUCCUAGAGAACGAGGAGGAAGGCAGACGCAGGAGAUCAUGCCACCGAUGGCCGGACAGCAAUGAGCGGGUGAUGCCGUGUUGACGUCAGAGACGGAGAAGACAAAGCCCCAGAGCAGCUCAUUCCUGAGACGCCUCAGCACCAGCCCCCUCUUCCUCCGAGCACGCCCUGAAGCCUGGCUCCUCCUGGUGAAACCAUCUUGGCUUGACGCAUUUUGAGGUCUUCAGACACCUGGGUAGUAGACACCAUGGAGAAUCAGGUGUUCAGCGUUCAGCAGAUCCAACCCAACGUCAUCUCCGUCCGCCUCUUCAAGCGCAAGGUGGGGGGUCUGGGGUUCCUGGUGAAGGAGCGGGUGAGCAAGCCGCCCGUGAUCAUCUCCGACCUGAUUCGGGGGGGUGCCGCGGAGCAGAGCGGCCUCAUCCAGGCCGGUGACAUCAUCCUUGCAGUCAACGGCCAGCCCCUGGUGGACCUGAGCUAUGACAGCGCCCUGGAGGUGCUCAGGGGCAUCGCCUCUGAGACCCACGUGGUCCUCAUUCUGAGGGGCCCCGAGGGCUUCACCACUCACCUGGAGACCACCUUCACCGGGGACGGGACCCCCAAGACCAUCCGCGUGACACGGCCUCUGGCUGCCCCCACCACCGCUGUCGAUCUGUCUCACCAGUCAUCAGCCAGCAGAGAGCACUCACCGGCAGUGGACAGGGCCACGGGUCCUGGCAAUGGGCCGCAGCACGCCCAAGACGGUGGGCAGGAAGCCGGCUCUCUCCCCCAUACCAAGAGCCGGGCUCCUGGGCCCCCAGGCCAGGACUCUGCCAAGAAGAGCAUCCAGGGCAGCCAAAACAGUGAUUUGCUCAAAGAGAUAGAACCUGUACUGAGCCUUCUCACCAGUGGGAGCAAAGGGAUCAAUGGCGGGGGACUUUCCAAGGCAGAGACGAAGGAUGCAGAAGUCCAGGUGGACAGAGGUAUGGAUGGCAAGUCACACAAGCCACUGCCCCUGGGCGUGGAGAAUGACCGAGUCUUCAGUGACCUGUGGGGGAAGGGCCACAUGCCUGUCGUCCUCAACAACCCGUAUUCAGAGAAGGAGCAGCCCCCUGUCUCGGGAAAACAGUCUCCUACAAAGAACGGCAGCCCCUCCAAGUGCCCCCGCUUCCUCAAGGUCAAGAACUGGGAGACCGACGUGGUCCUCACUGACACCCUUCACCUUAAGAGCACACUGGAAAUGGGCUGCACCGAGCACAUCUGUAUGGGCUCCAUCAUGCUCCCCUCUCAGCAGAUACGAAGGCCUGAAGACGUCCGCACAAAAGAACAGCUCUUCCCUCUCGCCAAAGAGUUCAUUGACCAGUACUACUCAUCAAUUAAAAGGUUUGGCUCCAAAGCCCACACGGAGAGGCUGGAAGAGGUGAACAAAGAGAUCGAAACCACCGGCACCUACCAGCUCAAAGACACGGAGCUCAUCUACGGGGCCAAGCAUGCCUGGCGGAACGCCUCCCGCUGCGUGGGCAGGAUCCAGUGGUCCAAGCUGCAGGUGUUCGAUGCCCGCGACUGCACCACGGCUCACGGGAUGUUCAACUACAUCUGCAACCACAUCAAGUAUGCCACCAACAAGGGGAACCUCAGAUCCGCCAUCACCAUAUUCCCCCAGAGGACGGACGGCAAGCACGAUUUCCGAGUCUGGAACUCUCAGCUCAUCCGCUAUGCCGGCUACAAGCAGCCUGAUGGCUCCAUCCUGGGGGACCCAGCCAAUGUGGAAUUCACAGAGAUCUGUGUGCAGCAGGGCUGGAAACCCCCAAGAGGCCGCUUCGAUACCCUGCCGCUCCUGCUCCAGGCCAACGGCAACGAUCCCGAGCUCUUCCAGAUCCCCCCAGAGCUGGUGCUGGAAGUGCCCAUCAGGCACCCCAGGUUUGAGUGGUUCAAGGAUCUGGGCCUGAAGUGGUAUGGCCUCCCCGCUGUGUCCAACAUGCUGCUGGAGAUUGGCGGCCUGGAGUUCACCGCCUGUCCCUUCAGCGGCUGGUACAUGGGCACAGAGAUUGGCGUCCGUGACUAUUGUGACAACUCUCGAUACAACAUCCUGGAGGAAGUGGCCAAGAACAUGAACUUGGACAUGAGGAAGACGUCCUCCCUGUGGAAGGACCAAGCACUGGUGGAAAUCAACAUUGCUGUUCUCUACAGCUUCCAGAGUGACAAAGUGACCAUCGUUGACCACCACUCUGCCACUGAGUCCUUCAUCAAGCACAUGGAGAAUGAAUACCGCUGCCGGGGGGGCUGCCCCGCCGACUGGGUGUGGAUUGUGCCCCCCAUGUCUGGCAGUGUCACCCCUGUCUUCCACCAGGAGAUGCUCAACUACCGACUCACCCCAUCCUUCGAAUACCAGCCUGAGCCUUGGAACACCCACGUCUGGAAAGGCACCAAUGGAACCCCCACAAAGCGGCGAGCCAUCGGCUUCAAGAAGCUGGCAGAAGCCGUCAAGUUCUCAGCCAAGCUUAUGGGGCAGGCAAUGGCCAAGAGGGUCAAGGCGACCAUCCUUUAUGCCACAGAGACGGGCAAGUCGCAGGCCUAUGCUAAAACCUUGUGUGAGAUCUUCAAACAUGCCUUUGAUGCCAAGGUGAUGUCCAUGGAAGAAUAUGACAUUGUACACCUGGAACAUGAAACUCUGGUCCUAGUGGUUACCAGCACUUUUGGCAAUGGCGACCCCCCAGAGAAUGGGGAGAAAUUCGGCUGUGCUUUGAUGGAAAUGAGGCACCCCAACUCCGUGCAGGAGGAAAGGAAGUACCCGGAACCCUUGCGUUUCUUUCCCCGUAAAGGGCCUCCCCUCCCCCAAGGUGACACAGAAGUCCAUGGUCUGGCUGCAGCCCGUGACAGCCAGCAGAGGAGCUACAAGGUCCGAUUCAAUAGUGUUUCCUCGUAUUCUGACUCCCAUAAAUCAUCAGGCGACGGGCCAGACCUCAGAGACAACUUUGAGAGUGCUGGACCCCUGGCCAACGUGAGGUUCUCCGUAUUUGGCCUUGGCUCCCGGGCUUACCCUCAUUUCUGCGCCUUUGGACAUGCCGUGGACACCCUCCUGGAGGAGCUGGGAGGAGAGAGGAUCCUGAAGAUGAGGGAGGGAGACGAGCUCUGUGGGCAGGAAGAGGCUUUCAGGACCUGGGCCAAGAAGGUCUUCAAGGCAGCCUGCGAUGUGUUCUGCGUGGGAGAUGACGUCAACAUUGAGAAGGCAAACAACUCCCUCAUCAGCAACGACCGCAGCUGGAAAAGAAACAAGUUCCGCCUCACCUACGUGGCCGAAGCUCCGGAACUUACACAAGGUCUAUCCAAUGUCCACAAAAAGCGGGUCUCGGCCGCUCGACUCCUCAGCCGCCAAAACCUUCAGAGCCCUAAAUCCAGCCGAUCAACGAUCUUCGUGCGUCUCCACACCAAUGGGAAUCAGGAGCUGCAGUACCAGCCUGGGGACCACCUGGGCGUCUUCCCUGGCAACCGCGAGGACCUCGUGAACGCCCUGGUGGAGCGGCUGGAAGACGCUCCCCCAGUCAACCAGCUGGUGAAGGUGGAACUGCUGGUGGAGCGGAACACGGCUUUGGGCGUCAUCAGUAACUGGACAGAUGAGCACCGCCUCCCGCCCUGCACCAUCUUCCAGGCCUUCAAGUACUACCUGGACAUCACCACGCCGCCCACGCCACUGCAGCUGCAGCAGUUUGCGUCCCUGGCCACCAGCGAGAAAGAGAAGCAGCGACUGCUGGUCCUCAGCAAGGGCUUGCAGGAGUACGAGGAAUGGAAAUGGGGCAAGAACCCCACCAUCGUGGAGGUGCUGGAAGAGUUCCCGUCCAUCCAGAUGCCCACCACCCUGCUCCUGACCCAGCUGUCCCUGCUGCAGCCUCGAUACUAUUCAAUCAGUUCUUCCCCAGACAUGUACCCUGACGAGGUGCACCUCACCGUGGCCGUUGUCUCCUACCACACCCGAGAUGGAGAAGGACCAAUUCACCACGGCGUGUGCUCCUCCUGGCUCAACCGGAUACCGGCUGACGAAGUGGUCCCCUGUUUCGUGAGAGGAGCACCCAGCUUCCACCUGCCCCGAAAUCCCCAAGUGCCCUGUAUCCUCAUUGGCCCAGGCACUGGCAUUGCCCCUUUCCGAAGCUUCUGGCAGCAGCGACAAUUUGAUAUCCAGCACAAAGGAAUGAGCCCCUGCCCCAUGGUCCUGGUGUUUGGGUGCCGGCAAUCCAAGAUAGACCACAUCUACAGGGAGGAAACUCUACAGGCCAAGAACAAGGGGGUCUUCAGAGAACUCUACACGGCCUACUCGCGGGAGCCAGACAAACCAAAGAAGUACGUUCAGGACAUCCUGCAGGAGCACUUGGCAGAACCUGUGUACCGAGCCCUGAAGGAGCAAGGGGGCCACAUCUACGUCUGCGGGGACGUCACCAUGGCUGCCGAUGUCCUCAAAGCCAUCCAGCGCAUCAUGACCCAGCAAGGGAAACUCUCAGCGGAGGAUGCCGGCGUGUUCAUCAGCAGGCUGAGGGAUGACAACCGGUACCAUGAGGAUAUUUUCGGGGUCACCCUGCGAACAUAUGAAGUGACCAACCGCCUUAGAUCUGAAUCCAUUGCCUUCAUUGAGGAGAGCAAAAAAGACACUGAUGAAGUUUUCAGCUCCUAACUGGCUCCUCUUGCCCAGAUGGAUGGCCGGGGGGGCUGUCCCCUGCGCUCCGGCAGGGGCGGCUGCAGGUUUUCUAAGCGUGGACACUGCUGAACCUUCCCUACGGGACCCCACGUGGCCCCCGCUGUCCCUCUCGUCCUGUCACCGUGGUUGUUCCUCUUCUGGGUCCCCACCCCUCGGUGGUUUCCUUGGCCCUCCUGGGUUUUCUCCUUGAGUUUUCCUGCUGCAAUGCAAUGCCUUUAUAAUCCACAGUGGCUCUUCCAAAACUGUGUCCCCCUCUCUCUCUCUCUUCCUGACAAGGGCAAAUCACUGGUGCAUGAAAUCACUGGAACAUGGCCGUCGCUCCUAUUAGGGCUUGUUUUCUGGGGUUUCCCCUGGAGAGGCUGCAGGGACUGGUCAGGAGAGUCCCAGCCAGUCCCUCUGAUGCUGAAGCCCCCCCCCCAUCCUUUUUUUAUGAUGACGUCCUCGUUGUGUGUGUAUGUGUGCACGUGUGUGCACGCAUGUGACAGGCCUGGGUCCCCGUCGUCUGCCCUCUCCCCUGGACAGGCGUGUUACCGGCAGCCUCUCAGUGCCCCAAACCGUACCCUGGCCUUGUAUUGGUUCCUCACGUGUCCAUAACUUAAGAUCUGUGCUCCGUGUUCCUGAAAUUCUUAUUCCUGAAGCACCUUAACAGUCCCCGGUUGCAAAGGGCAGGGAGAAGGGAGUGUGACGAUUAAGGGGAAAUCUCCAUCAAAAAGGGGCUCACGGAAUUGCAUGCGUUUAGAUCCCAGCACGCACCAGUGAGCAGCCCUCUCUGGGAAACUAACCCAUCUCAAGGAUUAAGCAAACCCCCUCCCUGAUCCUACCCUGCCCGAGCCAGAUAGGAUCACCUGAUUUGGGCCUCCCCAGAUAAUCCUACCCGCAAGUCUGGGAAGUAAUGUUCCUGUCUUUGCCACCAGGUGACUUGGGGCAAGUCACUUGUCCUCAGUUUCCCCUUGUAAUGUUAUGAAGCUAAAAAAAAAAAAAAAGAAGAAGAAGAAGAAGAAGAGUAUGAAUAGAUGAAACUUU